CAAGCUUAUAGUUAUGAGCCCGGAUAUCGCUUAAUCCGUCAAUAUAUCUCACUCUGACUACCUACCUACCUACCACAAUCAAAGGAUCGCAUAUCCACCUUACUGUUGGCACCGUCUUCACGUCUCCACGUCUCUCCACGUCGUCACCGUCACCAUCAUGUCGUCCAAGACUUCAACCGUCCCAUCAAAUGUCAUCCUCAGAGAUCAAUCAGACUGGGAGCUCUGGCUGAAGCUGGAGAUGUUUGGCAGUAUAUGAACCCAGAUCAACCCCAUUGCCCGCUGCAGAAGCCUACAAAGCCGACUCGACCUGUCACUCAUUCCCAGCCCGAAUCCGAUUCUACGUCUACGAUUGUGUCCACUGCUCAGGCUAUUCCAACAGCUGCACAGCAAGCCCAGUAUACGGCUGAGCUAGCUGAAUACAACAUGGAAAUCAAGAAAUACCGAAGGCUCAAGGACAAGCUCGGUCAAGUGGAAACCCACGUUACCAAAUCAAUCGAUCCAAAAUACCUGUAUCACAUCAAGGAUAAGGACAACCCGUACGAAAAGCUCAAGACACUUCAACAGCUCCUAUCCCCUACAAAAAUUGAUCAGGAAUACCAAGUUCAGAAGACCUAUUAACUUGCAAAGGCUUUCCAUGCCCUACGAUCAAACAUUGAGGACUGGUGUGAUUCCUUUCUCAUCGCCUACAGACGAGCCGAGCAGCUACAGCUUCCAGAGGCCCAUGGAUUCCGUGCACAGAAAGACUUUGUACGAGCAAUCAAGCUAUUCGACGCAGCAUAUGCCGUCACUCUAUCUUUGAAAGUCUUUGAAGCCGGUUUCUAGAGGCGACACUGGUUGUAAGAAGCUGGUUUGGAUAGCUUCGCUGGAGCCUAGAGUCUGGCUGCACAGCAUAACUCUUGGCAAAGCAAGGCUGCACGUAACUUUAGGCAGUGCCUUGUGUUUCUUUUCUACACGGAGGGCAUUAUCUAGCAAAGGUAAGACUGCUGUCGGCAGGAUGGAGCCUUGGCGUAACAAAACGCACCGGCUAAAAUUAAAUUUAAAUUAACUAUUAUGAUCCCGCAC